UUCAAAUCCAGUUAUAAAAGCAUCACCUAGACAUCUACGAUUCCUCUGAGUAUGGUAAACAUUCUGAAUGAAAUGCAUACUCCCGCUUCGAAUAACUGGAAGUCCGAUCCCGACGAUUCGCCUCGUUCUCCUGUCGUUAAUUUAAACUCCGAUUCUCCUGUGUCUAUCCAUCGGUCAACCUGCUCACCGUUUAGCGAAAAAUCCGCUACUCCGAGCACCACCCGCGCUCCUCCCUUUGAUGAUGUGCGAAAUUUGAAGGGGCUUGACAAACUCCCCGGAUCCUCUCCUCAGACCCACCAUAUUCUCUUACAAGGUCACAAUCAAAUGUCCGAUAUUUGCAGGCACUUCAAGAAAGAUACAUUGGAGGUUUCUGGGACCCGAAACUCUCCAAAUGAUUAUAUAUGGAGGAAGAUUGAGUCAUUGAUUGAACGCAUGAUGUCCGAGGAGGAUGGCAUCCCAGUGCGUAACGUCAAGAGCCUCAUGUCCACCAUCCCGAGUACCUUCACUGGCAGCGACGUCGUUCAUUGGCUCAUGCAACACGUCGGAGCUAGUGACGUCUCGGAGGCGAUAAAUCUUGCCAGUCGGAUCGCCUGUAUGGGAUAUAUAUUUUGCAUCGACGACCAUACCCUGGUCGUCAAAAACGAUAGCCACACCUACUAUCGUUUCCAAACUCCAUUCCUGUACCCAAGUCGAUGCAUGGAGGCUGACACGAUUGACUACGCGGUAUACUUGUCAAAGCGCACGAUGCAAAACAAGCAGCGCCUGGAGUUGGCAGGAUUCGAAGCAGAGCGCCUAGCAAGUCUCCAACAUGUUUACUGUCACAAAUGGGAGUUCGUUUACAUACAGGCUGAAGCAGAGGCAAAAGUAGAUAAGAAGCGGGACAAGCUUGAACGACUUGUUUUGGAUUCUCAAGAACGAGCUUAUUGGGAUGUUCACCGCCCUCCACCAGGUUGUAUCAACACAACGGAUGUUGAUAUGCGGAAGCUAUGUCGUGCCAAACGUCCAAAGAAGCCGCCAAGCCGUCCUGCCAGUUUCCCCAUCCCUAGCGGACCGAAUGGUGUUACACUGUUUACUUGUCUUGAUGGACUUCCAUUAUGUGACGCGGUCGCCAAAUUGAAUGCCUCUUUCCGACCAAGAAUCAAAACAUCCAAAGCAGCCGAAAGUUUACAGAACUUUUCAGAUCAGUAUUCUGAGUAUGAUCUGCUUUUGUCGGCGGCCACCUCUUCAUCCGGUCCGUCGGUCAGCGUUUCCGGCCAAAUUGGCCCAACCGCAUCUUCGGGGCAGCUCGGUGCGCAGUCAGUGGCGAAUACUCUCUCGCCAACUAACCCUCUCGCCACGAGCCUUCGGAAUACUCCGAACAAAUCUGAUUUGGUCGGUCGCAACGGCUCUGGUGCUUCAACACCACGUGUAGUUGGCAGUUCUACCAACCAUGAUCCAGCAGCUACAAGCAGCACAAGCUUGGGCGCAGGAACUAACACUGCCGGUGGGCAUGUGAGCAGCAACAUUGUUUCUCCAUCAUCCCCUUAUGAUUCUUCACACGAUUCGUCCAGUAUGCUUAACCCAUGGAUCUCUGACAACCCGGAUUAUUGGAAUACUGAACUCCGUCCUAAGUACCUUUCGGUUCGACGGGUGAAGCGCUGGAGUUUUUCCAUUUACGAACUGCUGAAAGAUCCAGUCGGACUGGAGGAAUUCCAACGCUGGUUGGAAAAGGAGUUUUCAGCAGAGAAUUUGAGAUUUUGGCAGGCUUGCCAAGAGCUCAAGGGUGCACCAAUACGGGAACUUCGACAGCGUGUCUCGGACAUUUAUAAUCAAUAUCUGGCUCCAAAUGCGGUGGAUUCCCUAAACGUGGAUAGUCGAAUUGCGGACUCCAUCCGGCGUCAACUGAGUGAUCCAUCUGGUGCUGAAAUAGACCGCUUUUGUUUCGACGAAGCAGAAAGUCACAUCUUUCAUUUAAUGAAGUCGGAUUCCUAUUAUCGCUUUCUUCGCUCCGACUACUACCGGGAGUUGUUCGCCAGUGGGAAGAAAAAAUCUAAGAAACUCCGGUCUGGUGUCGGCCUUUCUGGUGGCACUGUAGCGGGCAUCGGUGGCUUGGCUAGUGUUAUUUCGGGUCCAGCGCCCUCAUGUUUAGAGUAGCUGCUUACAUUCUGGGUUUAUUCUAGUCUGUGAUGUCAUUCGGUUCCCCACAUUUUUAACGAUCGAUCAGCUGUGCAUUUAUCUAUCUUUGCAUGGGUCUUCAUUUGUUUUUCUGUCCUUUUUAAUUUCGCUUAUUUCCCUCAACCCCCACAGCUACUUGCAUUUAUGAUAUUCAUCUAUGUUUAUUUCGCACUUGAAACAGUCCACUCCAUGGUUCAUAUUCAUCCAAAUAUGUGCAUAAUAGAUGACACUCUUUUACUCCUUUCGUCUUAUGUAUGUCGCUUUUACCAGUUAUUGCUUGCGCCUUUGAUCUACAACCUACC